GAAUUUAACGGUUCCCGGUUGUUGAACCGCCCCAGCCUCCACGGUGCCGGUGGCUUACAAAUUGUUUUGGACUGUAUUGCACCACUGGUCAAGCGGCUAACGUUCGCUGUUUUACUUCACUAAGCUAACGCACCGCUAUGUUUUUCCAACGAGAAGCUAUGUGUUGACAUUGAGGAUUGAGGAUCAAUACUGCAACCAAAGACCCAGAGUGAUGGAGGAGGGCUCUGAGGUGAUGGAGGAUAUUGUAUUUCGAGGAGUGGAGUUCUCUGUGAAGACUGGGGUGGACAAGGGUCUGCUGACAGUGGAAAUCUCUGACUCACUGACAGCAGAUCAGUGGAAGGGGGACUUUGAUCCAGCAUACAUUGAGGAUCUCACCCGCAAAACUGGCAACUUCAAGCAGUUCCCCAUUUUCUGUAGCAUGUUGGAAUCAGCUGUUAGAAAGACGAGUGAUUCUGUUACACUCGACCUCUUGACCUAUGCUGACCUGGAGCUGCUACGUAACAGAAAAGCAGGAGUGGUGAGUCGUCCUCGUGGCCAUCAACAGCCCUCUGCUCUCACUGCCAAAAGAUAUCUAAUCCUCAUAUACACUGUGGAGUUUGACAGGAUACACUACCCUUUACCCCUGCCCUAUGUGGGUAAGCCUGACCCGGCUGCACUACAGAAGGAAGUCAGAGCUCUGAGGGCAGAGCUCAGCACUGUCACAUGUCAUGGAGUUAACAAAUCUGCAGAACUAGAAAUACAGCGACUACGAGCAGAGCUGGCUCUGGUGAAAGAAGAGAAGGAGGCCAUGGCCAAGGUUCUGGAGCGACUGCAGCUCGGUGAAAGUGGUUCCACAGCCGGACGAGAGGACUGGAGGGUGAGAGACGUGGUGAGGACGCUGGAGGAGCAGCUUGUCAAGGAGAGGGCCAAAAGUCAACGCUCGGCUAGCAAGAGGUGCCAGGAGCAGCGACUCCUGUUGGAGCAGUUGGAGGAGCUGAGGGCAUCGGAGUGCGCUCUACGCGUUCGUGUCAAGAGUCUCACCAGUGAACUAGCGUUACUACGGAGAGGCCGAGUGACUCCUGUGUCUGCUCGCAUCAGCUCCCGAGUUGACGGGGAAAUCUACCGCUCUCUCUCACGCGAGAGGAGGACGGGGUACGGCACUGUCAGGGCUCGCUCGGGAUCCAGAGAACGGAUGGAGAACAGAGUGCAAAGGUCAGAGGAAAGAGGACGAAGAGCGGACUCCUCAGGACCACGUGCUCGCAUACCCAGGCCGUCACCCUCCCCCACUGGGUCACGGGUACCACGCUUUGACCCAACUGCUUACAUCCAGGACAGACAGCGCAGGCAGAAAGAGGCAGAACUCAAAAAACAGAGGAAGGUACGGAGGGACAUGCUGACAUCACCUAUUGUCCCUGAGAGAGGGCGAUCACGUUCCAGAGAGGCUUAUCCUCAGAUGGCCCGGUCCGGCAGCAGGGGCAGGAGUUUAUCUGUGGAGCGGAGAGGGAGCAGGAACUCCUCUGAGAGCUCGUUAGUGGAUAUGGAGGAAAUGGCCAAAACUCUGUUCAGAGGAAGAAAACAGACUUACAAUGGACCCAGUGUGGUGAGUGACAUGUCUAGAGCAGGCCUUUUGACCAGAAAGCCAUUAUGCAGUACUCCGUCACACAGAAUGAAAGACAAAGACACCUCUGUAGAUACAGGUACUGAGCUGUCGGAAAUUGAUGCCAGGCUGCAGGCACUUCAGGAAUACAUGAGGGACCUAGAUACAGGACACUAACCACCACAGCACAACCUGCUGUUCAAGCCAUUCGUGGAUUUGCUCCCUGACGGCUGCACAGCUCGGAGCUCAGGCCAUCUUUUUGUUUUACCGUGCACAGACUGGGAAACACAUGAUGCCUCAAACAUGAGCGAUGGGUUUACCAGCGAAUCUGUGCUCACGUAAGAGACUAAAACUCCUUCUGGAGGGUCAGACGUCCAGGACUUCAGGAACCUACAGCAAUCACUGUGAAGGACUACUUUUUGAGGACUGAAAUUAUUAUUUUUUUUUAAAUAUACCAAGUUUUUAUUAAUUAACUUAAAACUUGACUAUGUCUGAGCGUACUGUUACAACUCACAAAACCAACUAAGAUCGUUGCAUGGAUGUAAGAUUUGGCCGUACCUUAGUCCAUAAACCCUCUACGUGCUUUUUGAAGUUUCCAUUACGUUUUUAUCUGAUUGACCGUAUGGUUUGCAUUCUUUCAUCUUCCAGAUUCUUUGUCUUGAAUGUGAUUGUGUGGCAGUAGAUCAACAUUUCAUAACCCUGUUAAACCUGUGAUGAACUGUUGUGUCUUCCACCCAGUGCAUGCUGGGAUACACUCCAGCUCCUCUACCCUGAAAGGCAGUAAGCAAGCAGAGGGCAUGACUGACUGGAUGCAUGUCAUUACAGAAUUUGGCGGUGACAUGUCAUUCCAGCCAAAGUCUGCAUUUUCAGUGUGUAUGUUUUAAUGUCUGCUCUCUUUCCUGCUCGACCCUGAAUUCAACAUAUCCAGUGCAUUUGAAGCAUUAUAGUUGAUACCAUUAUAUAACCUCGUAUUAAAAUGUAGCAUUUUUUACUGUUUGAAGUUAAGUGAACGUACAUUCCCUUUCAGGUUAUAUCCCAAACUCAAGCAUAAGACAUUAAUUUUGUUAAGGGAACGAUUCUCCUGGUCAAAGAUAAAUCAUUUUGGACAGACUAUGGAUGUUUGUAUUUAUGUGUACACACAUCCAUACUACUUUCAUGGUGAUCAUGCAUGCAAGCAUAUGAACACUGACACCUUUCUUAUAAUAGCGAAACUGCCAAAUUUUGUAUGAAACUACUGUAUGUAUACAUGCACAAAGACUGUUAUUCUAAAUUUUCCCCAGACUGAUGCCUUUUAUACCAUUGAAAAUAUAAUUUAUA